UCUACUACUGUUAUUGUUGCUCCUGCCAUGAACUCCGAUUCUUUCUGGCAUCGUAGUAUUUCUUGUUAUGAAUUUUUAGCGAUUAAUUCCAGGUUUAUUGAAAGGUUCCAAUGGCAGCUUUAAGAAGGAUAGCCGGAGGUGUAAGCAUUAACGAAGUCACUGCCACAUUGAGGACUUUGACGAUUAAUGACGUCAAUAAUUCUCUUUCGAGGCAACUACCAUCCAGUACUCAAGCACGAUGGAUGUCCCGUAUGAAAAGGAGACAUACCAUGCCUCCCUUCUGGCUGCCAAAAAUCACUAGAACGAUGUAUCCAGAAAACAUUACGCCUGAGAAUCAAGCUUUUGUAAGCGAAGUCAUUGCCAACCAGUAUUCUUCGCCGUUAAAAUCUGACCCAUGGGAGAGAGGGCAGUGGACUGAAAAAGUGCGUAGAUGUGGUGUCAUUGCUCGCAAAAUUGGAAUUUAUCCUAUGUGGAAGAAGGAUGGAACUAGACUUUUAACAACUUUACUUCAGGUAUCAGAUAAUCACGUGAUAAAAUAUAUUCCUCCAGAAGAAAUGGCUACUAGCUACUUUAACAAGAGAACUGGUAAUGUCGCUGGUCUUGUUGUUGGUGCAGAUUCAAUAGACCCAAGGGAGGCAACGAAGGAAUUUCAGUCCCUGUUUGUUGAAUCUGGUGUUUUGCCCAAAAGAAAGGUCUCCAAGUUUGUCAUCAGUCCAAGUGCAAAGUUAGCGCCGGGUACUCCGCUGUAUGCAUCUCAUUUUCGUCCUGGAGAUUACGUUGAUAUUUUAGGCAUAACGAUUGACCGAGGAUUUCAAGGUGUAAUGAAACGGUGGGGCUUCAAAGGUCUGCCAGCAAGUCAUGGUGUAACCAAGGCACACAGAGCUGGAGGAAACAUAGGUGGUGGUGGAGAGAAAGGCAGAGUUUGGCCAGGUACAAAGAUGCCAGGACACAUGGGCCGCAAUAGGCGAAUUCUCAGGGGAGUUAAGAUAUGGCGAAUCAACACACGACACAAUGUCAUUUGGGUAAGUGGCCCAGCUGUCCCAGGGUCAGUUGGCAGCUACGUUAACAUAUAUGACUGCUCCUUACCAACUCGAAAGAUCAAUGCAGAAAACCACCCACCAUUCCCAACAUUUUUCCAAGAUGAAGAGGACAUUGAAGAAGAACUUUAUGAUGCAGAUUUGCAUGUAUUUUCAGAUAAGUCUGUAACAUUUGCAGAAAAGUAAGCAGAUUGAAUGUGGAUAAUGUAAAUAUUGUGUUAUAUAGUAUUGUUACAGAAUUUACAAAUAAAUUCUCAAGAUAAGAUACCAUACUGAA